AUGGCUAAGAAGGCAAAGGGUACACGCGGUUCAUCGUGGACAGACGAGGAAACUGAAUGUUUACUCAACCUGUGGCAGGAAAAUGAUGUAGAAAACCAAUUAGAUGAUCCAAAAAGAAACAAUGUCUCAAUUUAUCAAAUGCUGUCAUGCAAAAUUAAAAUGCACACAUUGAAAAGGUCAUUCAGGGAAUGCAAGAAAAAUCUGAAAAUUAGUGGUAACGGAAGAAAAUUCUGUAAGUUUUAUACAAAACUGAAUGACAUUUUAGGUCAACGUCCUGCAUCGUCGCCAGUGAAAUUAAUAGAGAGCGUGAACAGAAAGAGAACAAUAUCGUGCAUAGAUGAUUCAGAAAGUGACACAUUAGAUGAUACAGAAGACAAAAAUAUAGACUAUACAGAACUACUUGAUGACAGCAACACUGAUAACAAAGAACCCAUUGCUUCUACAGCCAAUGAUAAUGUUAACAGUAAUAUAAAUGACAGACGAAAUGAAGAAAGUACAGAUGGCGAAAAAGAGAAGAAAGGGGACGAAGAAAUAAAGGAAAGUGGUAAAACAAAGAGUAAACAGCAUGUGAAAGAAAACAAAUCAUCAAAGAUAAAGCCUAAGAAAACACGUUUAGAAAUUGCUUUGUCAACUGUUAUGACAGCAUUUGCAGACAGCAACAGUAAAUUUGAAACCACACUUUUAGCAUUAGAGAACAAGAAAACGGAUGCCGAACUGAAGAGAAUAGAAAUUGAGAAGCAGAGACUUGAAUCGGAAGAGAGACAGAAACGUGAAGAGCGAGAGCACCAGUACCGAAUGAUGCAAAUGAUAAUUGGAAGAAUGAAUGCGCAACAUGUACUUCCACAGAACAUCCCGUCCUCUUCAUAUGAUACCCACAACCCAGUCCCUAUGCCUCAACAUUACAUAUCCAUUCCAUCCAUUUCAUCACCAUUCUCCUCUACCUGUACAAAGACGCGUGGUUCGUUCCGUAGUUCAGAGGUUGUGAAGAAUGGUGCAUGCUGUGACUACGGUACUGGCAAAUUCAACACCAACAUCCAGUCUCUUCUGCAGACAUCUCCAUCUACCUUUUAA